AUGAAAUCGAAACUACAAUCUACCUCAAUAAUCAGAUGCCUGUGGCUAGUAAUUUCAUCUUCAACAAUUGUCAACUCAGAUUUGAUCCCAAUAAUAGGAAGCCGGAAUUCCCCAGAUAGCACAGCUGAUCCGGAUCACGUGACCUCCCUGGCCUAUGAUAACGAUGAGUCUAGUUUCGCUUUCGUCUCGAUCGAUUCUGAGAGUAGUGUCGCCUGGUUUCAGUUUGAUCUCGGCGCUAUUUACAUAAUUGACGAGUCCCACUACCUCACAGCAUACAUGAUAUCCGCCAGUAUCGUCGACUCGACCGAUCUAAUACCGGACCGACAAGUAUGCUACCUAGACAUGCGGGCCCAACCGCCACCUCCAAGGAUGGCCGUUAGGAGGUUGUGCCUACCGGAUAUGUUAUUCGGUCGGUAUAUCACAAUCGAAAAGCAGGCACAGCCCUACUUGAAUAAGCUCGCCAUUGCUGAAGUUCGAAUCUAUGGAACGCCAAAAGGAGGCAUUACGGACGUAACCAGAUCAAAAGAGUUAGUGAAGUUAGUGAGGCAGAACUUCAACGAAUUUGAGGAGUACCCCGCCGGCAGUGCCAUUGACGGCCAGCUGAACACUUGCUCCUUCACGGCCACUGAAUAUAAGAGCUUGCGUGGGAAGGUGGGGUGGUGGCAAGUAGAAUUUGCGGAAGAAGUUCCAGUAAAAGCCUGCCUCCUAAGCAAUGUCAAGUUGAACGAUUUUGACGCCUACAACUACAUGGAAACUUUUGCCGUAGUAGUGACCAAAGAAGCUGACGAACUUCCGGUAAGCAAUGACCUUGACCUCGCCACCAUUAAGAAAGACUCCAUAUGUUAUACCUACAACAGAAGCCACACCGUAAUACCCGAGUGGGGUACCGUUUUGUACCUACCUUGUCAAAGAACGAUGUUAGGUAGAUACGUGACGGUCAUUCAGAUGUCACCGGGAACAAGAAAAGACGCCAUGAACAUUUGCGAAUUUUCUGUCUUGCAAACCGAACAACCUUCUACUUCUACUACUACUACUACUACAACUACAGCCACUACAACUACUACUACUAUCACAACGACUACUACAACUUCUUUUACCACUUCGACGGAUGAAACCACAAAUCCGGUUCCGCUACCAACGUCACCAACAUCAUCAUCAAUACCCCCACCAUCAUCAUCAUCAUCCACAUCAUCAUCUACAUCAUCAACAAAUAACGGAUUCGUACCUAUAGAUAAUUCGUCCUCAUCGUCAUCAUCUCCAUCAUCAUCGUCGUCAUCAUCGCAAUCAAAUGCUGUGGCCCUGGGGGUGGGUCUUGGGAUAGGACUGGGAAUCCCCAUUCUAAUCGCUCUGGCAGUUUUGGCAUUCUGCUGUCGCCACAAAAUCGCAGCUGCAGCUGGUAAGAAAAGCGACAAGCCAGUAGAAAUCGGGCAAGUGACGAAUGCUAUAUAUGUGCAUCCAAGAGAUGGCUUAACUGUGAAGCAGAAAGGUUACGUCGAAGAUAGCGUUAUAAUGGACCUACCUUAUGACCCAUCCAUACAAUGGGAGAACGGGGCAUUCGAAAGCGAGGACAACAUAGAAGCCGACGAGACCAGCGACAAUUCAACAUUUGGGCAGAGGCAUCAACCACAGCAGCGGGUCAUCGAUGAAAAUGAUUCGGGUCACGUCAGCGAUAAAGUCCCCAACCGCCCCAACUUCGUUUUAUAA